CGAGUUAUUGUUAUUUCAAGAAAUGGACAUGGCUUUAUCAAUGGAUAAUAUUGCUAUAUCCAAUGAAGAGGAAAUUUCUAUGAUGAAAGCUAUGCAUCUUCCUUGUGGUUUAUUCCUUAACAUGGUAUUAAGAGCUGCCAUGGAACUUGACCUAUUUGAGAUUAUAGCAAAAUCAACUACUCAAAAACUAUCUUCUUAUGAAAUUGCAUCUCAAAUUCCCACAAAAAACCCUAAUGCCUCACUUGUUCUUGAAAGGAUUUUAAGGUUUCUUGCUAGUCAAUCUUUUCUCACAUGUAACAUUACAAAAAAUGAUGAUGGAAAUGUUCACACAUCAUACAAUUUAACUCCAUUAAGCCAAAGUUUAAUCUCAAAUAAAGAUGGAACAUCAAUUGCUCCCUUUUUACUACUAUCUACUGAUCCAGUUGCUGUUAAUUCUUGGUUUCAUUUCAAAGAUGCAAUUUUAGAGGGUGAGAUACCAUUCAACAAGGCCCAUGGGGUGCAUGCAUUUGAAUACCAUGGAAAAGAUAGUAGAUUUAAUGGAGUAUUCAACAAAGCUAUGCAAAAUGUCACUUGCAUUGACAUGAAGAGAAUUCUCGAGUGUUACAAUGGAUUCCAAGGAGUAAAAGAGAUAAUAGAUGUGGGAGGUGGACUUGGAAUAUUAUCAUUAGCUUCUAUAAUAUUCAAGUAUCCUAAUAUCAAGGGUAUUAAUUUUGACCUACCUCAUGUCAUCAAAGAUGCCCCUACUUAUAAAGACAUAGAGCACGUUGGAGGAGACAUGUUUAAGAGUGUUCCUCAAGGGGAGCUAAUCCUUCUCAAGGCAAUACUUCUUGAUUGGGAUGAUGAAUAUUGCUUGAAAAUAUUAAAGAAUUGUUGGAGAGCAUUGCCAAAAGAUGGUAAAGUUGUUGUAAUUGAACAAAUGCAAUCAGAAUAUCCAGAGACUAAUCUUAUUUCUAAGAAUUCAUUUAGUGUUGAUAUGUUAAUGAUGACUAUGCUUGAUGGAGGCAAAGAAACAACUAAGCAACAAUUUGAAGAUUUGGCUAAACAAGCUGGAUUUACUGUUUUGAAAAUUGUGGCUCGAGCAUAUUAUUGUUGGGUUAUUGAAUUGUACAAGUAGUAUAUGAAAAACUCUGUGUUAAUUUGACUGGUGUCACAUAAAUUGUGACAGAAGGAAGGUUAAAUAAGUUUAUGUAUUAACUGUCUAUUUCCAAUUAUGUAAUAAAUUUUCCAUGAAGGUCCUAAACAUUAUAAAAGGACUUCAAUUAUGUUUAUUUUGGAAGUGUUUUUUUUUUCCUUCGAUAACU